CACCAUUGAGUCACCACAGCCAAGAGCAACCAAUAACUUCUCCCAAACAAGGCUCACAAAUGACAGUACUAGGAGUACUAGCGUUUGUUACUACUCCUCAGACGCUGACGCUCAGCUGCCGUCGCCAACCACCACGCACCAACCAACCAACCAAUCCCUCUCUCUCUCUCUCUCUCUCUCUAUAUAUAUAUAUAUAUAUUUGUGAGCAGGUCUGAGCAUCACACACAUACAGACAGAGAGAGAGAGAGCUAGUAAUUACAAGCGUUUCUAUUUCUAUUUAUAUUUCUAUGGCGAGAAAGAAGAUCAGAGAGUACGAUUCUAAGAGGCUGUUGAAGGAGCACUUGAUCAGACUCGCUGGGAUUCACCUUCAUAUUUCCUCUGCUCAGGUAACAGAGUUAACAGACUUCACUGAACUAACAAACGAAGAAACAUGGUUAUCAUCCACAAGAUUGGUGGUGAAGCCUGAUAUGUUGUUUGGGAAGCGCGGAAAAAGUGGCCUUGUGGCUCUGAAUUUAGAUAUGGCUCAAGUUGCUGAAUUCGUAAGGGGACGCCUUGGUGUGGAGGUUGAGGUGGGUGGUUGCAAAGCACCUAUUACUACAUUUAUAGUUGAACCAUUUGUUCCUCAUGACCAAGAAUAUUAUCUUUCAAUCGUCUCUGAAAGGCUUGGCUGUACUAUAAGCUUUUCAGAGUGUGGAGGUAUUGAAAUUGAAGAGAACUGGGACAAGGUUAAGGCAAUAUUUCUCCCAACUGAAAAGCCUAUGACAACUGAGGCAAUUGCCCCAUUGAUUGCCACACUUCCCUUAGAGGUACGGGGAAAAAUUGGGGACUUUAUAAAGGCUGUGUUUGCUGUGUUCCAGGAUCUGGACUUCAGUUUCCUGGAGAUGAACCCGUUCACACUGGUUAAUGAUGAGCCAUAUCCAUUAGAUAUGAGAGGGGAGUUGGACGACACUGCUGCUUUCAAGAACUUUCAGAAGUGGGGUAAUGUAGAAUUUCCGCUGCCUUUUGGCAGGGUUCUGAGCCCUACAGAGACAUUCAUUCACUCAUUGGAUGAAAAGACAAGUGCUUCCUUAAAAUUCACUGUUUUGAACCCCAAAGGACGCAUCUGGACCAUGGUAGCUGGUGGAGGUGCAAGUGUUAUUUAUGCUGAUACUGUUGGAGACUUGGGUUAUGCAUCAGAACUUGGGAAUUAUGCAGAGUAUAGUGGUGCUCCUAAUGAGGAAGAGGUGUUGCAAUAUGCUAGGGUUGUCAUUGAUUGCGCCACUGCAAAUCCUGAUGGUCGUAAAAGGGUUCUUCUCAUAGGAGGUGGCAUAGCUAAUUUCACUGAUGUUGCUGUUACUUUUGAUGGAAUUAUUAGAGCACUAAGGGAGAAGGAAUCCAAGCUAAAAGCAGCAAGAAUGCAUAUUUAUGUGAGAAGGGGUGGUCCAAACUAUCAGACUGGUUUGGCAAAGAUGCGUGCCCUGGGUGAGGAACUAGGGGUUCCUCUAGAGGUUUUUGGGCCUGAGGCAACAAUGACUGGAAUAUGCAAGCAAGCAAUUGAGUGCAUCAUGUCUGAGGCAUAAGAUCCCAUCUUAAUUUGAAUUUUUGUAUGUGUGCAAGAGUCUUUUUAACAUGUUUGUGAAGAGAGUGAGUUAUUUAUCGAAGUUUCGUAAUGGGAGACUGGGAUUGGAUUGUUUUAAUGUAUAAUGUAUAAGUUCUGAAAACAGUUACUGCUGCAAACCUGCUUGCCUUGUAUUUCAUCAACUUAUAUAUAUUAGCGACCUUGAAAGGUCUGGGUUAAUUUU